ACCAAUGGCUUUCCCCUCAUUUCCCAACCCACAAAAAUGGCCAGCUCUCACUCCAUUUCCCUCCACAACACAAUCAAAACCUCCAUCAAUCUCUCCUAUGCCAAGUCCAACUCUUGCCUUCCCCCGAAACUAACACCAAAUUUCAGCCAUUCGACGCGGCCGCACUGUAUAAAGCUGUCAGUAGUCGCCCAAAAUCAACCGUACUGGCACGCGAUAGAAUCCGAAAUCGACGCUUUUCUCGAUAGAUCCAUCCCCAUAAGGAAGCCCGAGGCCGUCUUCGAGCCCAUGCGCCACCUCACCUUCGCGGCCCCGAGGACCGUGGCCUCGGCCCUGUGCGUGGCCGCGUGCGAGCUCGUGGGCGGCAACCGGAGCCACGCCAUGGCCGCGGCGGCCGCGGUCCACCUCGUGCACGCGGCGGCCUACGCCCACGAGCACCUCCCCCUGACCGACCGGACGGGCCCCGGGCCGAGGCCCGAAGUCGAGCACAAGUACGGCCCGAACAUCGAGCUGCUGACCGGGGACGGGAUCGUCCCGUUCGGGUUCGAGCUGCUGGCCCGGUCCGUCGGCCCGGCCCGGCCGGAGAGGGUCCUCCGGGUUAUGAUCGAGAUCAGCCGGGCCGGCGGGUCGGAGGGGAUCAUGGACGGGCUGUAUAAGGAGGGGGAGAUCGUUGAUGAGAAUUCAAGAUUUGAGUUCAUCGAGUAUGUGUGUAAGAAGAAGUACGGCGAGAUUCAUGGUUGUGCGGCGGCGUCUGGAGCCAUAUUGGGCGGCGGAAGCGACGGCGAAAUACAGAGGCUGAGGAAUUUCGGGCUUUAUGCGGGAACGGUGAGAGGAUUGAUGGAGAGGAAAAGUAGUGUUGAAAUUGAAAAUAUAGUUAGGAAAUUGAGGGAUUUGGCUCUCAAGGAGCUUGAAGGAUUCCAUGGAAAGAGGAAUGUUGAGCUUUUAACGAGCCUUGUAGCCGAGCCGAGCCUCUGCUCGGCUUAGACUUAAAAGUUGGAGCCGCGAAGACGACCGGUGAUUAUUGAAACAAGAGAAGAAAUAGUCUGAAUUUCUUUUACAAUAAACAUAUGUAGCUAUAUUAUUCCAUUCUACACAAGUUUAACUCAAUGUAUAUUAUAUUAUAAGAGAGAUAAUCUUUAUUCAAAUUAUGAAUAUCCAUUAAAUUCUAGUCAA